AUGGUUUAUACCGGUAAGCCGAGCCGCGGGUGUGGCAUGUGCAAGACUCGCCGAAUAAAGUGCGACGAAAAACGGCCGACAUGUGGCAACUGCAAGAAAUCAGCCCGUGUGUGUCCAGGAUAUCCAGACGACUUUGAUCUGGUUUUCCGGGACGAGAAUAAGGCAAUGGCAAAAAAGGCAAGGAAAUCUUCUGGGGCUACUCGAUCAAGUAGUAGCACUGGGAGCUCCAGCUCGCAUACUUCUCCAUAUCUGUAUUCAGCUAAUCCUUUUAGGUCACCAUCUUCAACGUUCGAAGGGUGGUCAGUGGACAAUGCGCUCGAACGAGGUGAGGCCUCUAGAAGAGCAAAAUCAAAAUCACAAAAGCGAUCAGACUCGAUCCAGUCACAUCAGCUACUAGCACUAUCUAGUGCUGCAACACCUUCACAAUCCUUGGAUAAGUCAUUCGAUUUCGAGACUUUUGUCUGGAACUUUGAAAACGCAGUCCCAAACACCAUCUUCCUCUCUCCAGAAUGCGAAGCUGUGCCCUUUUUCUUCAAAAACUUCAUCACCUUGCCGCAACAAGCUGAAAGUACAAGAGGCUUUCUCGAGCACUUGGUUCCCCUUUACAAUCGUGCCCGUCCCUCGUCUGUACUGCACCUUGCCACUGAUGCUGUUGCGAUGGCAACAUGUGGUCAGUAUCCCGGUAGACAACGGCUCCUUCGCGAAGCUGUGUCCACGUACGGCAAAGCCAUCAAGAAGCUGCAUGAAGAUCUUCGAGAUCCCAAAAUGUCCAAGAGCAAUGAGACAGUGGUUGCUAUACUCAUGUUCUCUCUAUACGAAACAAUCAUGAGUACCGACGACACCAUCAGAGCAUGGGGGAACCAUGUCGACGGAGCUGUCGCGUUGACCAAAUUAAGAGGGACGGAGCAAUUCAACGACCCCAUGUCUCAUGCUGUAUUUCGUGCAGUGCGCACAAUGAUGAUUACAAGCUGCGUGCAGCGAUCCAAGCCCAUCGAGUCGUUUCCUGGUGCGGCAGGGUGGCUUGGAACUGGCGAGUUCAGUGAUGAAAACGCUGCCAACCGGUUAACGCUUAUCUGCAUUGACCUACCGAAUCUUCGCGCCCGCGCAAAUACCCUCACCUCUAUGCCAUAUGACCCCAGGUAUGAGUCUGAAGCCAAACAGAUACUCGAUUUCGCACAAACAGUCGAUGGGAACCUUGAAGAAUGGUAUCGCACACUGCCAUCGGAAUGGAAACACCGCAUUAUCAGCAUAUCCAAUGAGACACUGGCAGCCGAGGAUAUUGCCUUGGCAGAGAAGUGGCCUGGCGAGCAGCAUGUGUAUCAUGACGUGCUACUGGCGAGUAUCAUGAAUGACUACCGCGUUUGCAGAAUAUUUUGUCGCCGGGUCAUCAUGGCCUGUAUAACGUGGCUGAGGUCUGGUGGAGACUUUUCAGAACAAGACCAGGCGUGGAACAAAAGCGUGUUUGUCAUUCAAACAAUGGUGGAUGAGAUUAGUGCAUGCGUGCCUUUCCACAUGAGCUAUGAGCUCCAACCUUUGGCCAAGGAGACGGGUCAGGAACAAAACGCCGCAGAAGCUUUUGGUGGAUACUCGUUAGUCUGGCCACUAUACGUCGCAGCAAACGCUGAGAGUGUACCACAAGCGCAACGCGACUGGCUAUUUGGUCGACUCUCAGUUAUCGGCACCAAGUUUGGACUCAGUAGUGCACAGGUCCUUGUUCUGGCGAGGAGACAUGUUCUCAUAUGUGGACCUAUGUUUCCUUAA